UCACCAGGCACGACAGUGGGCUCUGAGUCAAUUGGCGCGACAGUGGGCACCGGGUCAUCAGGUACCGGAUCGUCUGGCUCGACAGCGGGCAUCGGGUCACCAGGUAUGACAGCGGGCACUGGGUCAUCAGGCAUCAGGUCAUUUGGCUUGCCAGCGGGCACCGCGUCAUCUGGCAAGGCAGUGGGCACCGAGUCACCAGGUACGACAGCGGGCUGUGAGUCAAUUGGCACGACAGCGGGCACCGGAUCAGCAGGCACCGGGUCAUCUGGCGCUGGAUCGUCUGGCUCGACAGCGGGCAUCGGGUCACCAGGCAUGACAGCGGGCACUGGGUCAUCAGGCAUUGGAUCGUCUGUGUCGACAGCGGGCAUCAGGUCACUAGGCAUGACAGCGGGCACUGGGUCAUCGGCAUUGGAUCGAUCUGGCUCUGGAUCGGGUCACCAGUAUGACAGCGGGCACCGGGUAGAGUACAGGAUCGUCUGGAUAACAGCGGCA